AUGACACAAUGGCUAUCACACCUCUUCAUCCCACUGGUCCUUCUCCAGCUGUGCCUCAGCUCAACCGCUCAAAUCCCUCCUGUUGGUACCUUCGAGACCGACGUGACCACCGUUCGCUCGCCCGUAGACCCUAGGAUUGCGAUCAGAUUCAAGUCACCUCCGAUUGGAACAUGUACAACUGUGUUCUCUACGCAGAGGCAAUACGCAGGCUAUGUAUCCAUCCCGCCUUUCGUACUUGCGCCCAUACAGCAAAAUUACUCAAUCAACACGUUUUUCUGGUUCAUUGAAGCGCGGACGAAUGCCAGCUCGUCUCCACUCACUAUUUACAUCAAUGGCGGACCCGGUAGCAGCAGUAUGGUCGGACUAUUUCAGGAGACUGGCCCUUGUGAGGUUGUUGAAUUGACUAGAGGAAGGUUUGGGACACGAGCACGAGACUGGGGAUGGGAUCGAAGUUCAAACGUGCUCUACGUCGACCAGCCUAACCAAGUUGGCUUCUCAUAUGACAUCCUGAAGAACGGCUCAUUGGACCUCUUUACCAGUAAUAUUCGCCAGUCUCCGGCCGAAGCCCCUUCAACAUCUUCGAUACCGACUGUACUCAAUGGUACAUUUGCCUCAAAUGAUCAAAAUGGCACAGCCAAUACCACUGAAAUUGCAGCUCACGCUGUUUGGCACAUGCUACAAGGCUUCUUAAGCGCCUUUCCACAGUACAAUCCGGCUCCCCCAACAACAAAUCGGACCCAACCUGGCGCAGCAGCUAUCAAUCUGUUCACGGAAAGCUACGGUGGGAAGUACGGACCUACGUUCGCCUCAGUCUGGCAGCAGCAGAAUGGUGCCCGCAAGAAUGGCUCCUUCACCAGCAAUAAGUCCAUAGAGAUUCAGCUCUCAUCAUUAGGGAUCAUGCAAGGUUGUGUGGACGAUCUCGUCCAAGGCAGUUCUUACCCUAUCUUUGCUAACAACAACACAUAUGGCAUAAAAGCAUUAUCCUUGGUGGAUCAGCAAACAGCGGCGAGCAGUUAUCUCAGUGUUGGAGGAUGCCAACAGCUCAUCGAAGAGUGUCGUGGCGUAGUGAAUGCAUCUGACCCGAACAACGAUGGAGAUGUCAGUGCUGUCAAUCAAGCUUGUCGUGACGCGCAAGAUACAUGCCAAAGGACUGUUGUUGCUCCAUUUGCGUCUUCUGGUCGGAAUCCAUAUGACAUUACACAGAAAUUACUCGAUCCAUUCCCUCCUAGCACGUACCUCGAGUAUCUUAAUGAUGCGGACGUGCAGGCGGCAGUUGGGGUACCACUCAACUAUACGCAGAACAGUGAUGCUGUCGCUCAGGCUUUUCAAGCGACAGGCGAUGUAGAGCGAGGGGAGACGAUUCAACAACUUGCAAACCUCUUGUCCCGUGGAGUGAAAGUGGCCCUAGUUUACGGAGACCGCGACUAUCUCUGUAAUUGGUUCGGGGGAGAAGCGGUCUCCUUCGCUGUAGCAGCCAGAUUACCCGCCUACGCUCCGUUUUAUUCCGCCGGCUACGCCGACAUCGUUGUGAAUAAUAGUUAUGUUGGGGGCGCUGUCCGUCAAUUUGGCAACCUCUCUUUCUCCCGCAUCUACAGCGCUGGCCACCUCAUCCCCGCAUACCAACCCGAGACAGCAUUCACGGUCUUCACACGUAUUAUCAUGGGCAGCGACAUCUCCUUCGGCAAAGAAGUCGAUCUCUCGUCGUACAAAAGCAACGGCACAGCCAAUGCCACCUACACCGCCAAACCACCAGGCCAGACAGAUCCAAUCUGUUGGAUCCGUGAUAUCCAAGCCAAGUGUACUGACGACCAACAGCAGAAAUUGCGAGAUGGCGAAGGCGUCAUUAUAAACGGUAUCUUGUACGAUAAAGAGAGCGAUUGGAAGGCUCCACCCUCCUCAAUGUCUGUCCAAGCGGGCUUCCCUGGACAGGCACCUGCUCCCCCUAAUCCUACAGUGCCGCCAUCUUCCUCAAAAGGAAAUGAUGGCGCUAUGUCUACUCCCACAGUACCCACAGGCGUAUACACCGCGACUGCUACGCCGAGUCCAUCCAAGAGCCGUGCUUCAGCACUUCAUAUACAUUUUGUCACGCCCUUUACACCAACGAUGCUCUAUAUUGCUUGCUUGCUAGGACAUUGUAUUUUAUGA